AUGACAAGAGGACCUUCGAAGCCGAGAGCUCGUUGCUGUCGGCUACAAGAGAAGCGGCCGGAAUUAACAACAAGAAGCACUCCAGAGCUUCCAAAGCGCCAUAGAGAUCUUUCACAAGUGGAUGGAGGUCUUGUGCGAAACGUGACUAUUACGAAGAAGAUCAAACAACCACUCUGCCUGGUUUCGACGGAAGAUCAGCCACCUGGCAGUGCGGCAUCCAUUCGCCCUUCGAGAACUCUAUCAACAGGACAGAUCGAGGCAGACCCCGUAACGUCAUUGUCGCAGCGGCCUGGGUUAAGGAGGAGAAACACGCAACAGGGAGCUAAUUUCAGACAGACAAGGAAUAUUGAGCAGCCACCCCGUCUCAAGCGACCAUCAACGACACUUCAGGAAGUUCAAUUAGAGGAACAGAGGCGAGCCUUUCCAUCCACACAAUUGUACAAACGGCCGAUCAACGGCGGCGGUAGCAACAACGGACACCAGUUUCAGCGGGUAGAAUUGACGCGUAAGAACUUGGCGCAGUUCAACGAGAUGGCAAGAAAGAAGGGGGCUAAUAAGGCCCCAGUGUCUAUUCCACUUGAAUCCACAGCCAAGUCGACAUCGACGAAAUCUACGACGUUGUCUGGUUUCGCUAUGAAAGCCUACAAGAAUGGCAUCCUUGACCCUCUCAGUUCCAAGCCCCCCACAAACAUCGAUGAUAUCCGCACACGAUAUGCCGAGUCUCGCGGCACAGCCUCACCAACUGAGUCGAUGUACGAGGACUAUAUUGAUGUAGUUCAAAGAGCUCCUAAUAAAGCUACUAUGCUCUUCGAGGUUGGUGGGAAACUACUAAAUAGGUAUCCGAGGGAGGGCUAUCCUCGGGUAUUCGACCAGUCAUUCACCAAUUUUCCAGAAGAUGCUUGCUUCAAUAGUGGCUUCUCUGCACCGCAGCCCGACUUUAUUGAAGGGCUGGAAAUGCCAGCAUACCGUCCGUUUCCGAUUGACGAGCAUAUUAAAGGGGCUGUCAUUUAUCAAGACAAUCCACGUUCUUUAGUAUUGCCGCAUAUUGCUGGGGAAUGGAAGGGACCUGGAAAGAAUAUGCAGGCAGCGAGGCAACAGAGUGUCUAUGAUGGAGCUGCCCUUGUCUAUGCCCGGAAUCAGGGCCUCGCCUAUAUGGGUGCAUCUGAUCCUCCUGGUCAUGCCGAGGUUGCCACAUUCACUACAGACGGCACCAAUCUCAACUUAUUCGCACACUAUGCUGCUCCAUCGGCGGCCGGGGACGGCACACUUGAAUAUCACCAAUAUCAGGUCAAGACGACGAACCUGAUGGAAUCCCGCCAAGGGCUCAAAGACGGCAUAAAAUGGCUCAGAAAUGCACAAGACCACGCGAAGAAACAAUCGUACACCCUGAGGGAUCAGCUGAAUGAGAAAUGGCGGAAGCAGAGUGCUACGCUCCGCCAACUUGACGAAGGUGGUCCCCAACCUGUUGCUGACGGCACCAUCGGGAUACAGAAACAGACGAAGCUGGCCUGGAGCCUGCUCAGGCCGACUACGACGAAGGAGGCACCGUGGAGUUGCACCUGCAAACCGCAGCCAUAUCGCAUCUAG